AUGGAAGGAGGUGUGCCUGAAGCUGAUAUCUCAGCUUUCAGAGAAUGUUUAUCUCUUUCAUGGAAGAAUCCUUAUGUUCUUCGUCUUGCUUUCUCUGCUGGAAUUGGAGGUCUUCUUUUUGGUUAUGACACUGGAGUUAUAUCGGGGGCUCUUUUGUAUAUCAGAGAUGAUUUCAAAGCAGUUGAUAGGAAAACUUGGCUUCAGGAAGCCAUAGUGAGUACUGCAAUUGCUGGAGCAAUCAUAGGGGCUUCAGUGGGAGGAUGGAUCAACGAUCGAUUUGGAAGAAAGAUAGGAAUUAUUCUAGCAGAUACCCUCUUUUUUGUUGGGUCUGUUAUCAUGGCUGCUGCUACCAGCCCAGCUAUUCUCAUUGUGGGUCGUGUAUUUGUUGGCAUUGGUGUUGGUAUGGCUUCAAUGGCAUCACCCCUCUACAUUUCAGAGGCUUCACCAACCAGAGUAAGAGGAGCCCUUGUGAGUCUUAACAGUUUUCUCAUCACUGGAGGGCAAUUUCUUUCCUACCUCAUCAACUUGGCCUUCACCAAGGCACCAGGGACAUGGAGGUGGAUGUUAGGGGUAGCAGCAGCACCAGCUUUGAUACAAGUUAUAUUAAUGUUGACACUCCCAGAAUCACCUCGUUGGCUGUACCGCAAGGGUAGGGAAGAUGAAGCAAAAACAAUUCUGAGAAAGAUUUACCCGCCUCAUGAAGUUGAAGGUGAAAUUCAGGCUUUGAAGGAAUCAGUUGAUAUGGAAAUUAAGGAAGCAGAAUCAUCAGAGAAGGUUAGCCUAAUGAAACUUUUGAGAACCACAGCUGUGAGAAGAGGCUUAUAUGCAGGCAUGGGCCUUCUAAUGUUCCAGCAGUUUGUGGGGAUCAACACUGUGAUGUACUACAGCCCCACCAUUGUUCAGUUGGCGGGUUUUGCAUCUAACAGAACAGCACUGCUUCUGUCACUCAUCACUUCUGGCCUGAAUGCAUUUGGUUCAAUUCUGAGCAUAUAUUUCAUUGACAAGACUGGGAGGAAAAAGCUUGCUCUGAUAAGUUUGUGUGGUGUUGUGUUUUCCCUGGCUAUGCUAACUAUUACUUUUCGAGAAAGUGAAAUUCACUCUCCAAUGGUCAGUGCCAUUCAAACAUCUCAGUUCAACAACACAUGUCCUGAUUACAAAGCAGCUGUGAACCCUGCUCAAUGGAGUUGCAUGACAUGCCUAAAGGCUUCACCAUCUUGUGGUUUUUGUGCUGCUGAUGACAAGCUUUUACCUGGGGCAUGUUUGAUCUCCAAUGAUGACACAAAGAAGUUAUGUGGUAGUGAUCAUAGGGCAUGGUACACUAGAGGGUGUCCUAACAAAUAUGGUUGGGCUGCUUUAAUAGGCCUUGCUCUUUACAUCAUUUCCUUCUCACCUGGGAUGGGAACUGUUCCAUGGGUUGUUAACUCUGAGAUCUAUCCCUUGAGGUAUAGAGGAGUUUGUGCAGGAAUAGCAUCCACAACUGUUUGGAUUUCCAACCUCAUUGUUUCAGAAUCCUUUUUGUCCUUGACACAAACUAUUGGGACAGCAUGGACAUUCAUGAUGUUUGGAAUUGUUUCCGUUGUGGCAAUUUUCUUUGUCAUUGUUUUUGUACCAGAGACCAAAGGGGUUCCAAUGGAAGAAGUAGAGAAGAUGCUGGAGCAAAGAUCAUUGCAGUUUAAGUUUUGGCAGAAGAGAGAUUCUGGUUCUGAGAAACAGUGA